GGGAGAGCGAGAAGAGGUGUAGUGAGAGGUAAGUGGAGAUGAAAGAUAUGCGUUCUGAGUAAAAUGCAGCAGUUUGCAUGAGAAAGCAACCCUUUUGAGUUCUAGAUAGCACCUUUUUUUCUUCUAAGAGUGUAUAAGGAAUAGCCUACUGUCCACUCUUACUCACUUCUGCUUUCUGAGCAUCACUGAGGGCAGUCUCAUUGGAAUGAGUUAGGUACAUAACAUUCCCCAAAUCAUAGAGCGAGUGUGUCAACUGAAACAGUGUAAAAUGAAUAGAAAAACAAUAAAUAGGAAGGGCUGUCAUCUCCCCUCACUGCCUCCUCCUCCCUCUCUGAGUUUUAAAGUCUCCUCCCUCUUCAGAGAAUGGGAGUAUGAGGGAUUGCUUCAGUCGUCUUAAGAGAACAUAUACGCACAUCUACCAUUCUGUGUCCCCGUCUCUCUCACUCCAUCUCCCAGUCUCCAUCUCUCCUCCCUUCUCUGCCUUCUUGACGGACCCACUGCUGCUCCCUGCCUGACCUGUCCUCAGGCUGAGGAUAACCCUGAGCAUCGUCAGGAAUAGGAGUUUGUCUAAAGAAGGAACAUCUACACUGGUGAAGGAUGCAGCGGAUCCGGGAGGGCAUCCACAUAAGGACCAUGAAGGCCAAAAGGAAAGUGGAGGACAUCUCUAAAGAAGAUGUCCAGGCCUUCUUCAAGAAGCACGCCUUCGUGCUCUUUACUGUAGCUGCCGUCAUUGCAGGUAUAAUCCUAGGCUUUGCACUGCGUCCCUAUAAAAUGACCUACCGAGAGGUGAAGUACUUCUCUUUCCCCGGAGAGCUGCUGAUGAGGAUGCUACAGAUGCUGGUGCUUCCCCUGCUAGUAUCCAGUCUAAUCACAGGCAUGGCAGCACUGGACAGUAAGGCUUCAGGAAAGAUGGGCAUGCGAGCUGUGGUGUAUUACAUGACCACCACCAUUAUCGCUGUCAUCAUAGGCAUCAUUGUGGUGCUCAUCAUCCACCCUGGGAAAGGAUCUAAGGAUGAGUUCAUGAAACAGUCGAAGAUAGAGGAUAUCAGCCCUGCCGACGCCUUCCUGGAUCUCAUCAGAAACAUGUUUCCACCAAACAUGGUCCAGGCCUGCACACAGCAGUUCAAAACCAAAUACGGGAAGCGAAUUGUCCAUGUAACGGUGACGGUGAAUGACUCGGUCUUCAACCUGACCAACCUGACUGAGCAGAUUACCCGGGAGGAGGUGAUCCCUAUCCCAGGCACAGUGAACGGGGUCAACGCCCUGGGACUGGUGGUCUUCUCCAUGUGCUUUGGCCUCAUCAUCGGCAACAUGAAGGAGCAGGGCCAGCCCCUCAGGGAUUUCUUCGACAGCCUCAAUGAGGCUAUCAUGAGACUGGUGGCAAUUAUCAUGUGGUAUGCACCAAUCGGCAUCAUGUUCCUCAUAUCGGGGAAGAUCGUGGAGAUGGAUGACAUCACUGAGAUGGGUGGUCAGCUGGCCAUGUACACCAUUACGGUGAUCAUAGGCCUGUCCAUCCACGCUUUCAUCAUCCUCCCCGGCCUGUACUUCGCCAUCACACGGCUGAACCCCUUCAUCUUCAUCAUGGGGCUGGUGGAGGCCCUCAUCACAGCCCUGGGAACCUCCUCCAGCUCAGCAACCCUUCCCAUCACCUUCAAGUGUCUGGAGGUAAACAACAAGGUGGAUAAGCGCAUCACGCGGUUUGUGUUGCCGGUCGGCGCAACCAUUAACAUGGAUGGAACAGCACUUUACGAGGCUCUGGCAGCGAUCUUCAUAGCUCAGGUUAACAACAUGGACAUGAACUUAGGUCAGAUCAUUACAAUCAGCAUCACAGCCACUGCAGCAAGUAUUGGAGCUGCUGGGAUACCACAGGCUGGACUGGUCACCAUGGUGAUUGUGUUGACCUCUGUUGGACUUCCCACUGAUGACAUCACCCUCAUCAUUGCAGUUGAUUGGUUCCUUGAUCGGCUGCGUACCACAACCAACGUCUUGGGUGACUCCAUUGGGGCUGGCAUUGUGGAAUUCCUAUCUCGACAGGAGCUGCAGGCCAAGGAUGUGGAGAUGGGGAACAUUGUGCUGGAGGAGAGAAAGAAACCAUACCAGCUCAUCUCUCAGGAAAACGACCACGAAAACGCCAAACGUCCGAAAACUGAAAGCAAGAUGUAGAGCAACGCUCAAUCGUGCACACAAGCACACGCAAGCACACACACGGAAUGUUUUGGUUCAUUUUUGUUUUCAAGCUGUCAUAUUUGUCCAGUUAUUUUCACUCUACCAUAUUUCCUUUCCUUCAUUAUUUUGUCAUUCAUAAAGUAACUUUUCUAUUUACUAUCCAACUUUAAAAAAAAGUUUCUUUCUCUGAAGUUGCCCAAUCAAAUUACUUACAUCCGCCACCUCUCUACGAGAUAGAUAGGCCACCUGUUUUAUGGUUUGUCUGGGUAUUUUUGUGUUGAGUUAAGUCAUGGCCUAGAAUAUGUAUAUGGUAUAAAUAAUGAGGAAAGUGAUAUGGGGUGUUGAUGUCCAAAAGGAAUUUUGUAAAAUUAUGAAAGGACAACCUAUGUUUGAAUGACUUCAUCCUUCAAAAAAAGCAACAGAGAACACAUUUGUAUAUAACUACCUUAAUUUAGGUGGACCCCAGGAAGAGAAGCUGCUGCCUUGGCAGCAGCUAAUGGGGAUCCAUAAUAAAUACAAUUACAUUUGAUUUGCUACAACUAAUGAAAUGAGGCCCUAUGAGCUGUUUCUGGUGAAAAACAACCAACUUCCUAUCAUGGGUUAAAUAAGCAGUAAUUUAAAUAACAAUCCCCAAGUGGUAUGUAUUUUUUUAAUCUGAUUAACUUUUUUCAUGCUGUCUAUUCCUGUUGCAUAUGACAACUCCAAUUGUAUUUGUACUUUAUUUUGAUUGAUCAAAUUCUUGAAGGUGGUGCUGUGAUGCUGACAAUAUGGUUAAAACGAGAUGUAUCCAACAAUCGUCAUCACUAUAUAUGUAUCCAACAAUUGUUAUCACUAUAUAUUCCCUCUUUUGUAGCCAGCCCUAAGACAAACGAGUCUUUGAAAUAUCCUUCACUAUUUAGUACAUCAUUAUUUUAACAUAGCAGGUGUUUAAUAUUUUUAAGGCUUUGUAGAGUGAUUGUAUGUCGAUAUAUGUGUAAAUUAACUAUAUAAUAUGGAUAGUUGUUUACGUGAAUAUGUCUUCUUUAAUCUCAAUUCAGAAAGAUAUUUGUUUUCAGGGCCGAAAUGCCACUCCAAUGCCUUGGUUAGGAACAUAGUUCGUGAUAAUUACAGUAUGUGUGAACUAACUCACGGAUUUAGAAAAUAUGUUAUUUUCUUUCUUUUUUUUCUUUAAGUUUUGAGAUAUGAUGGUUCACUUUCUGUAAAGGCAACAUUUGUGGUGAAAAGGAACUAAAUUGACGGGUAGAUUUGUCUUUGGUGAAUAACAUUUUGAAUAAAAUGUAAAAAGGAAGCAAUGUUUGAUUUUG